UGUCUGUCUCUCUUUUGAUAUCGCGAGGAUCGCGGCGAGACAAAAGUGUUAAAAGUAAAAAAGUAAAAACACAGCUGGUGCUUCAUUGCUAGAAGCAUUGACAAAAUAUACAAUGGUAUAUACAUGUGAUUAACAAAACAUAUUUCAAGUGACAAUUUCAAGUACCACACCUGGUUGUCAGGUCGUGGACCUGGGUCAAUAACUUCUUGGCGAAUAAUUUAUCGUGAAAGUGAAUUUUUUUUUUUUUCCAGUUAUUGUUGAUAUGUAAUUGUGAUUAUGCAUUUAUUGUUUCAAUAAUAUAAUUCAAUUAUUAACUAGACAUUUUGUUAUGUUCUUUAAUUUUAUUUAAACAAAAACAUUCCAUUUUUUUUACUCCAAUUUAAUUUAUUUUUUAUGGCCAAGUGUGGUUCAUACAAUGAUGCCAGAAUUUACAUAGCUGACCCACCAUCAAAUCAUCAAAAGACUCCACAUAUUCAUUGUUAAUUGCAUCAACAUUUAAAGAAGAAAAAAAAAAAAAAACAAAAAAAGGAAAAAUGGCAUCGACAAGUGGACAUAAAAGAAAUGGCUCAAGUUCCAGUAUGUUUGCUCAUAAACAUACUGAAUCUGGUGGCACAUUUAUUGGUCAAAAACGUCAUGAAAAUGGUCAUAAACGUGCUGAGAGUAUAUCAAGCUCAUUUGGCAUUAAAAAAACAGAUGGAAAUAAAAAAAAUGAACAUGGAUUUGGACACAGAAGAUCAGAAUCAGCAAGUAAUUAUUAUGUUGGACAUCGUAAAAAUGAAAGUAUGUAUGCAUUGACUGGUCUUUAUGCUGAAAGUCGUGACAAUAGUUCAGAAAAUCGACUUGAUUUAAUUAAAACUGGUGAUGGUAAAUUGACACAUGAUACUGUCAUAAGAUGCCACAGUAGAAAUCCAAGUUCUGGUCUUGUUGAUCACAGAGAUUUUAUUAUAAAAUGUCACAGUAGAAAUCCAAGUGCUUCCAUGAUUGAUAGAACGGAAAAAGAACGUCCUCAAACACCACCAAUAAAUAUAGAUUCAAAAGAUUGUGGAAUAUUAAAUUGUCGUCCAAUAUUUAUUCAACAAUUUGCUAGUAUAAAAGUAUUUGUACUUUUAUUAUCAUUUCUUGUAACAGUACAACAAGCAUUAAGUUCUGGUUAUAUUAAUUCAGUUAUAACAACAAUUGAAAAAAGAUUUGAAAUACCAUCAUCAUUAUCUGGUUUAAUAGCAAGUUCAUAUGAAAUUGGUAAUGUUAUAACAGUUAUAUUUGUUAGUUAUUUGGGUAGUAGACGUCAUAUACCAGUAUGGAUUGCAAUUGGUGCUGUUAUAAUGGGUAUUGGAUCAAUGAUAUUUGUAAUACCACAUUUUAUUGCUGAACAAAAUCUUGGACAAUUAUCAAAUAAUUCAAGUUCUGAUAAUAUAUGUCGUGGUAUAUCGCUACAUCAAAAUAAUAUGAAUCUUGGUAGAUUAUCAAGUGGUUUAUCAUCACCACCAUUAGCACCACAUGGUGAUAAUUGUAUACAAGGUACACCAUCAACAACUGGACCAGUUAUGUUAUUUGUUUUAGCACAAUUAUUACUUGGUUGUGGUGGUUCACCAUUAUUUACACUUGGUACAACAUAUAUUGAUGAUCAUGUACGUCCAGAAAGUGCAUCAUUAUAUAUUGGUUGUAUGUAUAGUAUGGCUGCAUUUGGUCCAGUACUUGGUUUUUUAUUAGGUGCAUAUUUAUUAUCAUUUCAUAUGGAUUCAUUAUCAUCAAGUAUUAUUAGUAUUGAAUCUGGUGAUCAUCGUUGGAUUGGAAUGUGGUGGGGUGGUUUUUUAAUAUGUGGAUUAUUAUUAAUUAUAAUUGCAAUACCAUUUUUUAGUUUUCCAAAAACAUUACAACGUGAAAAAGAAAAAAUUAAAAUACUUGAAAAAACAAAUAAAACAACAAUUAAUAAUAAUAAUAAUAAAGAAAAAGAAAUUAUUAAAGAACAAAAAAAAGAUUUAAUUAAAAAUGAUGAUAGUGGUUAUGGUAAAGAUAUUAAAGAUAUACCAAGAAGUAUGUUGCGACUUGUUUGUAAUCCAGUAUAUGUUAUAACAUGUCUUGGUGCUUGUAUGGAGCUGAUUAUUGUAUCUGGUUUUGUUGUAUUUUUACCAAAAUAUUUAGAAACACAAUUUAGUCUUGGUAAAAGUGAAGCAAGUAUAUUUACUGGUUCAAUAGCAAUACCUGGUGCUUGUAUUGGUAUAUUUUUUGGUGGUUGUUUAUUAAAAAGAUUAGAAUUAAAACCAAAAGGUGCUGUACAAUUUGUACUUGUAUCAAAUGUUGUUUGUUUAACAUGCUAUGGAUUACUAUUUUUUCUUGGUUGUGAUAAUGUUAAAAUGGCUGGUACAACAACACCAUAUUAUUAUAAUAGCAGUACCAAAGGACCAGAACCAUUUCAAGUUAAUUUAACAGCAUCAUGUAAUUUUGGAUGUGAAUGUCUUAUGAAUGACGUUGAGCCUGUUUGUGGUAAUAAUGGAUUAACAUAUUUUAGUCCAUGUCAUGCUGGAUGUACAGCAUUUAGUUCAAAAUCUAAUUUUACAAAUUGUGCAUGCAUCAAUGGAAAUUUGCCAGGUGUUGUAUCAUCAUCUGCUGAAUUUGCUGAAGUUACUGUUGUUCCAGUUGCAACAGCUGGACCAUGUACAUCACCAUGUAAAACAAUAUUUCCAUUUCUUAUAUUAUUAUUUUUUAUGACAUUUGUUGUGGCAGUAACACAAAUGCCAUUACUUAUGAUUGUACUGAGAUCUGUUGGCGAGGAAGAAAGAUCAUUUGCAUUGGGAAUGCAAUUUGUUAUAUUUAGAUUAUUUGGAUAUAUACCGGCACCAAUAUUAUUUGGUAAUUUAAUUGAUUCAACUUGUCUACUGUGGAAAAGUACAUGUGGUGAAAAAGGUGGACGUUGUUUGAUAUAUGAUAUUGAACAAUUUAGAUACAGAUAUGUCGGACUAUGUGCUGGUAUUAAAGUACUGGCAUUGGCAUUAUUUUUAUUUGAUUGGUGGCUUGUUAAAAAACGAACACAACUUGAAGAAAAACCAGUUAUGACAGCAAAUGAAGCUGUUGGUUCAAUAAUUAGUUUAAAUAAAUUAUUUGAAGAAAAAUCACACAAUCAAAUUGUCUCUGAUGAUGAUACACCAAUACAAUGUUCAACUAAAAAUUCAUUAUCAUCAACAAUUGAACAAUUAAAAAUUGAUAAUAAUGAUGAUGAGUCGGCUCAUUUAACACAAGACUCAAUGGAUUCAAGUCCAACGAAAUUGCUGCCACAUUAUUCUGAUACUAGGCAAGACGACGAUGUUGAUUUUCAACCACUUACUGGUAAAUCACAAUCAUAUGAUAAUCAUGUUUAAUUUUUUUUAUUUUAUCAAAUAUCUUUCAACGUUUCUUUUUCAAAUUAUUAUUAUUUUUAUUUUCUUUUAAAUCGACUGUUUAAAGCUUAAUAAUAAUUGACAUUAAUUAUUAUUAAUUUUUUAAUUUUAUUAACAAAAUUUUAAAUUUUUAAAAACAUAUCAAUUGUAUUAUGUAAAUUUUUAUUGUUUUUUUUAUUUUUGUCUUAAAUUUUUUUACGUACUAUGAUGAUCAAUGUGAGUCUUUUAUUUUUUUUUUUUUUGAUUUUUUUUUUGUGUGAUAUUAUUAAUUGCAGUCGAAUAACAUGGAUAUUUCAUAAGCGUUUUAAACGUUGCUAAUGUAUAUACAAUUCCUGCCUUAAAAAAAAAAAAAAAAACAAGACUAGACGAUUUAUUAAAUAUAAUAAUUGUGUAUUAAAAUAAAAAAGUAAAAUCUUUAGAAAAGAAAAAUGAAAAUGAACAAAAAAACAAAAAAAAAAAAAAAAUUGUAGAUUAAUGUAAAACGAGAUUUAUUUUAUAUCAAUACGAUUACAGAGAAUAAUAAAAAUUAGACGAAUAAUAUUCUCACUAAUUAGUCAAUAUUAAAUAGCAUUAAUGAACUUUAGAAGUUUAAAAAAUGUUUUAAAUAAUUAUUUCAAUAUUUAAAUUGAAAAAGAUAAAAAAUAUAAUAAUAUGCUUCCAGGAUUCAUAUGUAGAAACAAAAAAAAAGUCAAUAACUAAUUUGAGAUGUUUUUAUUGUUUUAAAAAAUUUUAAUUAAUAUAUCUCAAUGACAAAAUUAAUUAGCUCAGUAGAAGGUGUACCUGACAAGCCCUUCAAAUUAAAAUAUAAAAACAAAAAAAAUUCUAUCAACUCACUCAGGAAUAAAAUUCUAUUGAAAAAAAAUUAAAUUGCACUGUCCUUUUUUUUUUACAAAAUAUAAACGUAUGAUUUUAUAAAUCAAUUUACCAAAUUAAUAAUCAUAUUAUUGUAAUAUAUUUUAAUUUUUAUCUUGCUAAUUAUUUAAAAGAAAAAAAAAAAACAAAUAUUACUUCUAAAUUGCAAAUCUGAGAAAUUGUCUUUUGUCGUAAUAAAAAUUAUAUAAUUUCUUGUAAUUAUUUCCGUUAGCAGUAAUUAAAAAAUGUGUUUACACUAAGAUAUAAUCUAGAAUAUAAAAAAAGGCUGGAUCAGUGUUAUAAUUAUAAAUAAUAUAUCAAAGCGCUCAAAUAAAAUUGCAAUUGUAAAUAAAAGAAAAAAAAAAAAAUUGUUUCACGAUAUAUAAUUGUUUUAAAAUUUAUAUUUGAUUUAAAAAAAAUAAUAGUGCAAUAUAUAUAACACUGAAUAAAUGUUACUUAAAUUAUAAAUAAAGGUCAAUCUGAUGGUCAAAUAAAAGACCACUUAAUAAUAAUGAAAUUUUAAAAAUAAAUGCCCAUUAAAUAGUAAUAAUUAAUUAUAUUUUAAUGUUAUUUUUAUGAUUUUUUUAUUGCAAUACAUUGACAAUGUCAGCAAUAAUAAUUGGGUAGACAUAAAAAUAGUAAUCAGAUAUUAAAUUACAUACGUAUGUGAAUUCUACUUAGAUAAAAUAAAUUUUCAAAAAAAUAUAAUUAAAGCAUAUUAAUUAAAAUAAAUUAUAUGUGCAUGUAAAAUUAUGAUGAAAAAUUGCUUUAUAGAUGUAUUUUUUGUAGGGACCAUAACGACAUAUAUUAAAUUAAAAUAUAAAAAUUAUAACUGGUAUGUUAUAGAUGUCAAAAAUAUAAAAAAAUAAUCUAAUUUGUUAAUUAAAUGAAAACGACAGCAAUAUAUGUUAAUCAAAUGAUUUUUUUUAAUUAUAAAUUUUAUUUUUAAUUGAUUUAUUCAUUAUAAAUUUGCUUAUUGAAAAAAAAAUAUAUCUAAUUAUUUUGAAUUAUUAUUUGUUUUUAAUUUUUUUUAUUAUUAAUUUAAUCCAGGGCAAAAUAAUUAUGUGAUCAAUUGAACAACUCAACAAUUGUAUGCCUUAACUUGCGAAAGAAAUAUUCAAAAAUAUAUACUGUAUUUGUAAAAUAUAUUAAUUGAAUAAAUUAAUAAAAUAAUUAUAAAUAAUGAUAUUAUAAAAAAGUAUUUAUUACAUUUUUCAUUACAUUAUUAAAAUUAUUAAAACCCUGUGUCAAUUUCCUACUUGUAAUAAUUACAAUUUGAAUUUUUCCUCUCUCUUCGCGCCAAAAGAUUAAUUAAAUUAUCUAAUUUAAUUUCUAUUAUUCCAUGACUAAAUAAUUAUUUAAAAAUAUAUUUAGAAUAUUGGAUAUUCUCAGCUUGAUUUUACUCAAUUAUUAUUAACAAAAAAAAUGGAAAAAAAAUAGUAAAAAUUGCUGAUACUCCAUCUUGCUUUUUAUGUGUGUGUCGACCAAUCGGUACUGCAGAAAGCCCAGUCUUUAAAAAGCUAUUUACAUUCUUAAAAAAUAUAUUCCUUGAAAGUUAUGAUUUCCAUAAAACAUUUAAUUCAAAUCAUUAAUGAAAAUCUUUAAUAUUAAUUAAUUAUAAAUAAAUUACAAUUAAAUAUAUAAUUGAUUUUAAAAUUUGUAGCUAACUUCAUGCUAUAAAAAGAGAGAGAGAGAGACAGUGUCCCCCUAUCGUCAUUUUAAGAAACAAAAAUCAUCAAUCCGCCAUUUUCAUCAGUUGUCUGCGAUCUGUGGGCUCUUCUGGUCAGUGCUUCUUGUUUUAAGACGUGUUGGAUGUACGUGAGUUUACCAAAAGUGUCAUUCGACAAUUCUUGGAGUAUCGUUAUUAACAACGACGCCCCACCGUCUCUUCCUUAUUCAAUGUGUAUGGCGAUUCAGUUUCCUGGUGAGUGCAUCCUCACAUUCAUGGAGUUUCAGCUGGACAGUGCAGAAUACUGCCAGGCUCAACACAAAUAAAAAGACACGCCUCGUACGUCCCAAUAACGGAUAGAAAAUAAAAAAAAAUUGAAAAACAUUUUUUUUAAUCAAUAUUGGGAAUAAUUAAACAAACUUCGAUAAAAUUUUAAUAACACUAGAGAAGUUUAAAUAAUCAUAAAAUACACAAUUAUAAAUUAGAAAAAAAAAAUAUUAAUUAAAGAGAAAAAAAAAUUAAUGCACAUCCAUUAUCAAGACACUGACGCAGAAGCCUAUGAGCUACAACUCAUCAUCAACUAGUCAUCUCGCAAGAAAUAGAAAAAUUUAUUAGAAAAAGAAUUUUUUUUUUUUGUUUAUUUUCUUUUUUUUUUAUUAUUAUUUUUCUUUUUAAUUAACAAUAUUGUAUACUCGCUAGUUGUAGUAACGCAAGUGGCAACAAAUCCUGGAUUGCCCAGCGAUAGUAAAAUUUUCGGAAUAACGCAUAUCACCGUCUAAUGUAAAAACACAGUGCUUCAUAUUUAAUUUUUUUUUUAAAUCUUCCUGAGGUUUACAUGUGAAGAACCCAUUGUUCAAUCCUCUGGAUAAAAAAUAUAUAAAAUUUAUAAUAAUAUAAAUGAAAAAUAAAAUACAAAAUAAGACUGAGAUCUAUGGGCUAAAUUGUCAAAAACCAGUCAUCGUCAAUCAACUACAUACAGAGUAGUUUUAUUGAUAUUUAUUUUUCUUUUUUUUUUUUUUUUUUUCUUUAUUGAUUUUGAAGAAAGUUAUUUUUCCACAAGAGUGAGAAUAUAAUUUGAGAAAGUUAAAACUUGUGUUUGAUUAAAGUGAAAUAAAAAAAAAAAACUAUAAGUUUGUAGACAAUUUUUUUUAAAAAUAAGUUGUUUAAAAAGGAAAUGAGCAACAUGAGG